UGACCCUGGCACACAUUUGGAAACCUGGUUAGCAUCUGGUGAUCAUUUUAAUUCCAGAUGAUUUAAUGUUUCUGAUGCACAAGUUUUUGAUUUAAAAAGUGAUCAUUACUUCACUGAAAGCGUGACUUUGAAGAUAUUUUCUAAGUGACUUCAAAUGGCAUCUAGAUCUUCUUUUGAGGAGGAUUUGUCUUGUCCUGUGUGCUGUGACAUUUUUAUAAAUCCUGUAGUUCUGUCCUGUAGUCACAGCGUCUGUGAAGAUUGCGUUCAUAGGUUUUGGGAAAAUAAAAGAGUUCAAGAAUGUCCAGUUUGCAGAAGAAGAUCUUCAAAGGAACAUCCUCCAGUAAACUUGGCUUUGAAGAACCUGUGUGAGACCUACCAACAAAAGCUCAGCCGAAGAGCUUCAUUUGGAGGUGAAGGUGUGUGCGGUCUUCACAAAGAGAAGCUGAAGCUCUUCUGUCUGGACGAUCAAGAGCCUGUGUGUUUGGUGUGUCGAGACUCCAAACUACACACCAACCACAGAUUCUCUCCUGUAGACGAAGCUGUGAUGGACAAUAAGGAGAUCCUCAAAGAUGCUCUGCAACACUUAGUGAAGAAGCGGGGAAUAUUUGAGAGUUUUAAAGAGUGUUUUGAUGAACGUGAUGAACUCGUCAAGUUUAAUGCUCAGCAUGCUGAGAGGCGGAUUAAAGCCGAGUUUGAGGAGCUUCACCGGUUACUACGUGAUGAAGAAGCGAUCAGAGUAACUGCACUGAGAGAAGAAGAGAAACAGAGGAGUCAGAUGAUGAAGCAGAAGAUUGAUGAGACGAGCAGACAGAUCUCAUCUCUCUCAUCUACAAUCAGAGACGUGGAGGAGCAGAUGGAGGAUGAUGAUGACGUUUCAUUUUUGCAGAACUUUAAUGCCACACUGCAAAGAGCUCGGUGUAACCCGCCGGUUCCAGAAGCCUUUCCAGAAGUGACGAUCAGGUUUCCACAUCACCUGACCAACCUGAAGCUCACUGUCUUACAGAAGAUGCAGGACAGUCUUGGUGAAUCCUCAUACUUCAUCGAUCCAUCUCAUAUUCAAUCUGAUCUGGCUGCAAUGGCGAUUUGUGACAAUCCAGAGGAAUAUAAUGAAUAUGGACAUUUUCCAAGGGAUGGAGGGAACCGUACAAAAAUAUUUGGGGGCCAACAGUCCAAUGAAGACCGACAGCAGCUUCCACGGAAAGUUCAUCCAGUCCGUGCAACUAAUUUAUUCCCCGCCCUGGUCCGCACCACAGAACCAACCUACAACCUACCCACAUUCCACAGAAGUCUUCCUCUGUCACAGAUCAUCCGCAGCCAGAUUAUGAUGAGUAUGAACUAUGGGCGCAAACUAGUCGUAGGCCCCCCUCAGUUGAAACCACUGUUUAGGCAGGUGAGAGCUCCCUCUCCACUGGAUUUGGCGUCUGGAGCGGGGUCCGCCUCGACUGACGCCUCAGCUGGGGGGAAUACUACUCAAGUGGACUUGAGGUUUUUGACGUUCUGUGACCGUGAAGUUCAGAUAUUGUUGUCUAAUGUUCCUACAUUGCCUGGUUGUGUCCUGUCCUGUCUUCUCUCCUUUGCCUUGUGUCGGUGGAGCUUUGAUUUCUCCUGCAGGGGGAUACUCAAUGCUAAACUGAAGCCCUUACAGGAGGAACUGAGAAGAUUUGUGAACUGGAUCCAGAAAUUGCAUAAAAUUCAUGGAGACAUUAAGUCUUCAGCUCCAGUAAGCUUGGACCCCAACACUGCUCACAGUAAUCUCGUGGUGUCUGAUGAUCUGACCAGUGUGCAGUUCAGAGAUGAGGAGAAGCUGCUUCCGGAUAAUCUCGAGAGAUUUGACACUCGGGAGUGUGUUCUGGCUUCAGAGGGCUUCGACUCAGGACUUCACUGCUGGGACGUUGAGGUUGGAGACCUCACAAACUGGACCUUCGGUGUGAUGACAGAAUCUGCUCAGAGGAAGAAUGACAUUCUGACAAAGAAAGGACUCUGGGUUCUUGGGUACGCUUCUGGUGAAUACUAUGCAUUCAUUACACCAGAGCAGUCGCCUCCGCUGGCAGUGAAGAAUAAACUCCAGAAAAUCAGAGUUCAGCUCAACUAUGAAAAAGGAAAACUGUCCUUCAUCGAUCCUCUCAAUAACACAUACAUUCACACUUUUACACAGAAGUUCACUGAGAAAGUCUACCCAUGGUUUGGUGUUCGCUGUGAUAUCGGUCCUCUGCUGAUCUUACCAGUGAACUGAAGAAAUCAUUUAGAGA